GCAAAGGCAGCAGAGCACCGGGGCGUGUAGUCUGGCUGUGAAUUCGCGCUGGGAAGGGUGUGCUUCGCAGGCCGGAGAAUUGGGGAAGGUUAGGAGCAAUUAGGGAGCCACCGAAGACCGGCCAAAUUGGGAGCUAAUGGGGGAACCCGAGCUGUGCUGAUCGAUCCGAAACCGUGCCAUGACCACGUCAAGAUAACUUGGAGCGCAUUCUACUGAAGCAAAAUGGUCACGUUUAUAAAUUCGACCCAAAACUCUCUAUCCAAGCUGUAUAGUUACUACGAAUGGACGUUGUCCCUAUCAGUUGCAGAUUCGCGCACUAGAGGAUGGCCUCUGGUGGACUCCCCCGGCCCCACGGCUGUAUACACCGCAAUUUAUUUAUUUAUAGUGUGGGUCGGGCCGAAACUCAUGAAAAAUCGCAAACCCUUCAGAUUGACGUGGCUUUUGAUACCUUACAAUUUACUAAUGGCUGUUUUGAACGCGUACAUUUCGGUGCAGCUUUUCACAGCUGCCACUAGGUUAAGGUACAGCUAUAUCUGCGAACCGUGUCGACAGCGGUACCACCCCGACGAACUCCAAAUUGCCAAAGCCGUUUGGUGGUACUACUUCUCCAAGUUGCUCGAAUUCUGCGAUACCUUUUUCUUCAUCUUGAGGAAAAAAGAUAAGCAGUUGACUUUCCUUCACGUGUACCACCAUUCGACGAUGUUCUCCUUGUGGUGGAUCGGCAUCAAGUGGGUGCCCAGCGGCUCAACCUUCCUCCCGGCUAUGGUGAAUUCGGGUAUCCACGUCCUGAUGUAUUCGUACUACGGCUUGGCGGCCCUCGGCCCUCACAUCGCCAGGUACUUGUGGUGGAAGAGGUACUUGACGAUUCUCCAAAUGAUUCAGUUCACUUGUGCCUUGGUUCUGGGUAUAAACGGUAUCAGAACUGGUUGCGAGUUCCCCUUGUGGAUGCACUACACCUUGAUCGUCUACAUGUUGUCGUUCAUCGUCCUCUUCGGCAACUUCUACGUGAAGGCUUACAUGGAAAAGGGAAGCCAAGUCUUCUUCGGUAUGGACAUGGGUUGCGGACAAGGCAACACCUACCUCUCCAAGAAAGAUUCAUACAUCUACCAAAAUGGGAAGAAAAUUGAUUAGAUUCUAAAGGGCUUGUAGUCAAAUCGCGAUCUUCCUGUUCAAUCAAAUCGAAGUGAUCUUUAUAGUAGAAGAGAGAGUCAUUCCGUUUGAUGUUCUUACCUUGUUUUGUUAUUAAUUUUAUUCGUAGCCUAAUUUUUGUAUAUAAUCGUAGGAAUUAGCGAGAAACAGUAUGUCAAUUAUUCGUUGAUGUAGGCGAAUCAGAGUUGUACACUGCCACUUCGCACAUGCGUUUUUCCGUUGAUGACGUAAUCAUGCAAGCUCAGGGUCUAUGACAGAAUCAAAAAUAAUAAAUCAGUAUUAUGACACUGAUAACCCCUGGCCAUAGUUUAAUAAAGACAAUAUGUUGAUUGUUUUAAUAAAGCAAAAAUUGCCGCUCUAUCAUGUUUUAUUUGCAGGGGAAAAUUGACGCGAUGCUAAAAUUAGGACGAGCGCAACCACACGAACUGACAAAAUCGCCUUUAAUUUAAAUUAACUUUAGGACGAGUGUGACUCGUACUUACUUAGCAUCGCGGCAGAGACCCUAUUAUUAUGAUAGACGUAGGGGUAAUUAGUAACAGAAUUCAACUCCAUUAAGUGAUUAAUACACUUAAUGGGAAAGUUAUAGCAAGUAAUAGCUUUUUUGCUUAAUGGUGUCACUUCUCAUCAAUUAAUUACACGCUAUUCGAAGAACCAGACCGAGCGGAAAACGGAAAUUAUUGUUAGUUUAGACAUUUAAGAUUACAUUCACUCCAAUCCAACCCCUCAUUUUUUAUAUAUAUAUAUAUUUCUAAGAUGUU